CGAUGGGUGGUUCCUGCGAGUUGCUCUUCUCUUGGGGCUGCUGCGCCCCAGCCUUCCUCCUGCUUCUCUGGGGGGCGCGGUGGAAGGUCUCUCGGGGAAAGCUGCCGAGCGCGGUUCCGCUGGAGGCUUUUUUAGGUAGAGCUGAGGCUGUAGCUGACAGUUUCCCAGCUGCAGUUUGGUCAUUAGCAGGUGGCUCACGAGUGGUAAGCGAAGUUACGCUGCCAGAUCAGUUUGCAGCUGGGUCAUGCUGAGAGGAACUGCUAUCUGCCUUGAGAUGGAGGAAGCAGCGUGUGAUAAAUCGAUGUCUUUGUGCGAUACGCCAAAGGAUUCUGGAACAGCAGCUCCACAGAGGACUAGUUCAGGAAAACAGCCAAUGAGUGCAGCUCUAAGGGAACGAUUAAGGAAAACAAGACGUUCAUUUAAUGCUAAUUUCACAGUGGCAAAGCGGCUUAAGAUAGACACUGAAGAAAAAGACUGUGCAGAUGUUGACAGUGGGCGUCUGCCAAAGAUAAGCAUGGAUUGUUCCACAUUACAAGAUGGUUCUGAAAGCCUGGAAAGAAACUGCACUGGAAAUACUUUUGAAAUAACUCCAUUUCAGGAGAACGAUCUCUGUGAAUCAGCAGAGAAUGUGGUAAGGGUUGAUCUUAGUCCGCAGCAGUCCCUGGAAGAAAAAGUAAGGCUGAUGAAACAAGUGAAGGAGAAGGAAGAGCUACUUCGAAGGCUCAAACUGGUCAAGAUGUACCGAUCUAAGAACAACCUGUCUGAACUGCAGGCUUUGAUAGGGAAAUGGAGAAGCAGUACCCAGCUGAUGCUGUAUGAGCUGCAGUCAGCCUUCUCUGCAGAUGGCAAGAAAGCGAGUCUCAGUCAGCUGAUAGACACUUUUGGAUUGGAAGACCAGUUAUUGCACUACAGCAGAACAGAAGAAGACUUUGUAGACACCUAAUCUACUGGUGCAAAGCUUUCAAUUACACACAUGCAUAAGCAAAAAAGACUGAAUGAAAGGAUAAACUAAGAAGUGUUGAUCAGACAAUGGACUUUAUUUUGGUAAGAGGUUUUCUCAUGAAAGCUCGUGAAACUGUGUAUAUAGAUAAUGUAGGCACUGUAAAAACCAUUACUUUAUAGUAAAAAUUAAACUCAUACAGAUUGUUUUGGAAAACCUGGCUUGAUAGCCAGAUCAGUGAAUAAUUCAAAAUAAAAUGAAAUGAAGUAAUACUUAAA